CCUCUUUUUUAAGAAAAAUUAUUUUAUUGAAUAUAAUUGACAUAUGACAUUGCAUAAGUUUACGAUGUGCAGCAUGUUGAUUUGAUACAUUUGUAUAUUGCAAGUUCCUGACCAUCCGAUUCUGUUUCUGGGUCUAUGGGCAUCUCUUCUUGGUCCCCCCUGAGACCUCUGGUCUCCUAAGAUCCCUCUCUAGGUUGGGGUGAGAAUGUCCCAGGGUGGGAGGGUCCUGCAUCCCUGAAAAGAGGAGGCUGACCUCUCUUUCCUCUCCUCCACCCCAACCCAGAGAUUUCCUCAUCUUCCCAGACACUUUCUAGUGGGUGGGGUUGUGUGUAGACAAAUUGGUAGGCUGGGGACUACGGAGGCUGAGGAAAGCUCCAUGAACCAGGAGAUCAAGAUGCAGGCGGCAGCCUUCAAAAACAAGAAACAGGGCUCCCCAGCCAAUGAAGGUGCAGAUGACCCUGCCUAUGAGAAUAUCACCUUCAAAACCCAGCACCAGCCAAAGGGCAGUCAUUCACCACCCAAGAAUAAGGCCCAGUCCAAGUCAGCCUCCGACCCUGCCCAGGUCCCCCAUUGGUCGCCUAGAGCCACGAUGAGCCUGUAUGUUCUCCUCGCUCUGUCCUGCGUCGUCCUCUUAGCCUUCGUCCUGGUGAAGAAUUCCAAGAUGUCCCAGGAGCUGAUGGUCUUGAGAAGGGAGCUCAAGAACGUCUCUCUUUUGGUGGGAGAGUGCCAGGACAAGGAGAAGCAGCGCUGGAACGAUGUCAAGCAGGGCAUUGACACGGUCAAGAGCAAGGUCCAUGAAGGAAACCAGAAACUGAGGACGCUGGAGACAGACAUGAGCAAAAUCAAGACUACAUUACAGAAAAUCCUCCAGAUGCUGAAGAUGCCAGAUCCAAAGCCCACACCUCAAUAAAAGAAAAGACAUCAAAGCCCUGGCUACACCUCGGAGGACAAGAUAGCACCUCUCAGUGAAGAUGGAAAAUAGGGUUCCCAGCCUGGUCUGAAGCUGCGCUUCAUCCCACGUGUAGAAAAUCAUGUGUCUUGGUGAAUGUGCUGUGGAGUUGCGUGUGUGCCUAUGUGCUCGUGUGUCGGGGUAAGCACUUCAUGGAGGGUGGGUAUUUCAGUGUUUCCCACAGGAAGGUGUUAUGGGUGAAUGUUGAAGGUGGGAGUCACAGCGAGUAUGGUGUGCACCCCUGUGUCACUGUACAUGUGAUGCACACGUGUGUUGUGGCGUGUUGGGUGUGUAAUGCAUGUCACCGUGGGUGGCUGUGGCGACCACAGAAGUGUGUCACUGUGGGUGUGGGUGUUGGUGACACGUGUUACACGUGCCCAUUUCAGCGUAAACACAUGUGUGUCCUGCGGGAUGUUGUGUGAUGGAGGCGUGAGUGGGUGGGGUGGGCACACCAUGGGAAUGUAUCACUGUAAUUGUGGGUGUGUGCCCUGUCACACCCACCUGUCACGCUGUGCCGGCCUGAACAGGUGUGUGUCAACACGAGUGUGCCUGAUUAUGCCACUGAGGGUGUUCAGAGCGUGGACCCGCAUGUGUCCAUUUGUUUCUGCACUCACAUUCCGUGAUUCAUGAUGAUAAAGGCCAAGGGGAAACAA